ACAUUGCUACGGAGGCCUUCGUAUACAUCGUUGAAUAAUCAGCGUUUGGUAUUCAGGAUUUCGCCAUGUCCAUCGGUAUAGCUAUACCAUAUUGAAUGCCAAGUUCCCGCCGUCAGUCUCGCCUUGGAUUACCAGAUUACGUGGCAGGUGUACUCGCUGUCUUCCGGUGCCACCUUGUCUGGAAACGGACUUGCUAGCCAGGCAUGCCCAGAAAGACCUUUCCGGCAUGCUGUCAGGAUUCUGUGUUGACCGUCAAUUAUAGGAAGACAGGUUGCAUAACCUCGAAGAAGUGGUCUUAGAAAUGCGCGCGGCGUUAAGAAACCAGAACAGCACUGUGGCUAAUAAUUUGCCCCUUACACCUGCUCUGGCAGAGUCUUCGCGCAUCAAUGCUGACCGUCGUCCUAAAAGUCCGACGCAAUCCACUAGGCUACCAACGUGGGAAACGAUAGAAGCGGCAGUCCUGGCCUACCUCACCUACUGCAACUAUCGCCCUCUACCGCUCUUCCUUCCAGAUAUACUCCUGUCGACACUGAAAGAGCGAAGUCAUGAGCUCAUACUAGCCAUACUAGCAGUUGCAGGCCGCUUUGUGACUUCGCCAGGAGUACCGUCGAUAUAUCCUACUGACAGAAUCGAGGAUUACGGCCAAUCAGCUCGAAGCCUGGUUAUGCAACAUAUCGCCAACGGGCCCGUAGAACUAUCAACAAUACAGAGUUUGUGCAUCUUGAGUCUACUCGAGUUUAACAACUGCAACACCCACUUGGCCAGCACGUACAGUUCGCUAGCAAUGGAGCUUGCUCUUUCGGCCGGGCUGUCAGCAGAAUAUCCAGGAAAUUGGCAGUCGAAUACUCUCGAGGAAAGGCGUCGAUGCUACUGGAGCGUUGUGCUCCUGAAAUAUCUUUAUGGCUCUGCAAGUGGCUUCUUCACAUUCAUCCAGGACGACAAAACUCCCAAACCCCUCCAGAGCCCUGUAUCGCCAAUCGAAACUACUUCUCAGAUGACCGAUACUUCGCUGGAGCAGCCUGGAGGAUCAAAUAAUCCCGACGAGGGGACCGACCUAGGUAUCUUCACCUAUGCGAUCCAGCUCAGUGAAAUAUGGCGCAAGGCUCUAAGAUAUGCACACCGACGAGGCAAGCGUGCUGGUGUUCUCCCACCCUGGUCACCUCAAUCUGAAUAUGCACAGAUCCUUGCGCACUUGACAGAUUUUGAGACCAAGUUCGCCUACAAAUAUCGCUUCCGCCCGGCAAAGAUUGCGGACCACAACCCAGAACAGCUCCGACAGCAUGCUGAUUUCUGGGCGGCCUGGUUCACUGUGCAAAUGCUCUACCACUCGAUCCUUUGCCUGCUCAACCAUCCCCUGCUCAUGUCACUAACACUGAGAAACGUCAAGAUGACGUUGGUGCCGGAAGUCUUCCUGCAGCACACUGCAUAUCUCACUGCGACACAUACGGAUUGGAUCAUACACUUGUUGGACGUGUCCAAGCAGAAAAACUUCAGACUACAUGACCCGUCUCUGGCUCAUUUGGCUGCUGUGACCGCAACAAUCUACCUCCAGCAAAGCUACGCCGAGGAUCCAGCUGUCCAGAGCAGAAAACAGGAACAAUAUCAGAAGUGUCUUUCAUUCAUUCAGGACUUGGGUGACCAUUGGCCUUUUGUCAAAUACCUGGCACAAAAGCUAGAAGCUUUCGAGAGAGUAGUAUCUGCAUCCUUUCGCGAUUCCGCACCGCCAACCACUUCCGGAUCACGAGUACUUAUCGAUCUGAGUCUCUUUUGGGAGAUCAUUGAAGCAACUUCCAUCGAUGGCCUUCCGAAGACCGCCGAAUCCUAUUUCGGGUCUUCACUCACUAUGUAUCGCCAGCCUUCGCAUUCUGCCGAGGUGCUUCGCAGCCGACUCUUGCCGGAACCGACCCAUAUCAAUGACACAGGUGCCACCCACGGCCAAGCGAGUUUUCAGGAUCUGGGUGACAGCACCAUGCAGCUGGCAAGCUCUGAGUUCGUGUCGUCGCUGGACAAUGAUGCGGCUAUUCUGGCGCAGAGCUUUUUCGCUCAGGGAGACGAUUUCGUUGGGAACAUGGACGAUUGGUGGUUUCAAGCAAACACCGGCUGAGAUGUGGUCCGAGCUCGGUACCUUGAUGGGGUGUCCCCGCGCUCCGGUCCCUUGACUGUGCCGCCUCUAACGGAGCUCCGUCCAUAUCGAACUCCACGUUGUUCCGGAAUAUGUCACUCUGACACUCGCAUC